AUGCUUAGUCAUUGGCUGAGGGCAGCUGGGAAGAGUGUGGCCUUGACUCAGAAGCUGAGGCAGAGCUUGAAGGUGCUAACAGGUGGACACUGUCACCUGAAUGCCCUCCUCGCAGCUGAACAGCCAGUGCUUUUCUUGAAGGGAAGCUGGAGUGGCACACUUCCACUGCUGCCACCGUCCCCACCUGUGCCCUCUGAUCCACCUGUUCAGGGAGCAGCUUCUUCCAGGUUUCAGUGGCCUCUGUUCAUGAAGGGAAACUUAAAAGAGGGAAAGCCUGAAGAUGUGACUGAAAUGCUGCAGUCUCAUGAUAAAAUUUUAAUGGAUGAGGAGUCACUUCUUAUGGAUGAGCAAAGAAAGUGGUUUCUCCAGAUGGAAUCUACUCCUGUUGAAGAUGCUGUGAAGAUUGUUGCAGUGACAACAAAGGAUUUAGAAUAUGACAUCAACUUAGUGGGUAAAGCAAUGGCAGGGUUUGAGAGGAUUGACGCCAAUUUUGAAGGAAGUUCUGUGGGUAAAGUGCUCUCAAACAGCAUUGCGUGCUACAGAGAAAUCGCUUGUGAAAGGAAGAGGCCAUUGACGCAGCAAACUUCAUUGUUGUCUUAUUCUAAGAAAUUGCCAGUCACCCCAACCUUCAGCCGCCAGCACCCUGAUCAGUCAGCAGCGAGCAACAUCGAGGCAAGAUGCUCCAUUAACAAAAAGAUUUCAACUCACUGA